CCACCCCGGUACAUCACCCAGACCUCCCCUUCCCAGAUACUCAGCUUCUUGCUCUGCCACUAAUGUUCCUAUGAGGAAACUGGGCAGAAGACAGAGCAGGAGAGAGAAGGCACAGAUUCUCACUCUUCUCUUUAAAGAAUCUUAGGAAAUAUCUCUUUCCUUUUUUUCACACGGUCAUCAGCCGUCCACCAGAUGUCUCCGCUCACGAUGGUCCGACCUCUGACCUCCUCCACUGGACUCCUCCUUCUGAUCCUGAUUGGAAAUGCUGCAGCAGGUCCUGAGCCUGACUUGCGGCCCCGGGCGGUGCGUUCAAGUGUGUGUCAAGAGCACACAAAUCUUCACAACCGGCUGGAUGUGGUGGAGAAGAAUGUGGAGAACACUGUUAAAACAUUGGAGGUUGAGCUGGCUGCUCUUCUGGAAGCCGUAGAAGCUCCAAAGUGGCGCCCUCUAUUGGAAAAUGCUGGGAAGAGAGAAGUGGACAUCCUGGAUGAACCACAGGAGAGGGCCCAGAACUGAAGUGAUCAAUACUCCGUAGAUAAAGGGACUCAUCAGGGUGUGUGACUUGGACGGUGGAUAUUUUGUUUUUAUUUCUGUGAUUCACAAGCUGCAAGAAAAAUGCAUUUCUGUAUCAAAAUAAUGUUUUUAUGGAACAAAGAAUACAUUUCUGUCUAAAGCUGUGUUUUUUAUAUUACACUUUUAUAAAGGCCAAUUGCACAAUAAGUGAAUUAUUUGUCAUUAUGACACAACCAAAUGUGACCUUUGCUUUUAACCCAUCACCAAAGUCAGCAGGGGGCAGUGUGAGCGGACGGUGCCAUGCUAACUUGGCAGCUGGUGGACUCGAACCUGAAACCUUCCCAAGUCUGCUUCCUCAAACCAAGCCAACACUGCCCAAUAAUAUCUAAUUUACUGUAGCUCAUGGUUGCCUCCUGCUGUUCACCGAUGCACCAUGCAUGUCUUUGAAGCUUCCAGGUAACUAGGUAGUUUUAUUUUCUUUAAAGAAGGUCACAGUUGGGCAACUGGACUGGCUAAGGGUUCUUGAUGGUUCUACUCUUUUUGAAGAGGCCUCUUCAGAACAGGACUGAAGAACUCUCCUGGAUGAAAGGUUUGGAGAGUCCAGACUUCAAGCCCUGAGACAGUGGUGCACUACUAAACUACAGUCUGAGUGAAACAACUCCCACACACACGCCCAUAUAAAAUUACUGGAAGGAUUUUUAUUCCUUUUACAAAGCGGUUGAAGCAGCAUGUUUUAAACAUACAGAACAUUUUCAGUUGGUACAGGGACAAGGCUUUUCACAGGAUUCCCUGUAAAAUUUCAAAUCCUACAGCACAGCAACGUUAUGCAACUAUAGGAUCACAAGGCAGGAGAGAGUGAAAUGAAUCACACGGGUCUCCGAUGAGUUUCUCUCGGCAGAGUUUCAAGCCGUGUCUACAGAGGCUCCAUAUCUACACGAUGGUCUGGCGUGAGAGCGUCCAUCAGAGGAGACAUGCUGACGCUGGCCAAACACUAGCACAAACGCCUUUUGUUAAUUAACACCUAACAGCAUUCAGAACAUGAACACAUUAAAACAGGAAGGUUUGCAGGCAUAGUCCAAACAGUACUGAUCAUUGAUAUCAAAGAACCAAAAUGAUAGAUUAUCUAUGUACAGAUGAUCUUACGGCACCGUUCCAAACCUAAGUCUGAUGGUGUGUGUGGUCUUAGAAAUAAAUGAGGCGUCCUUAGACACAUUCAUUGUUCUUUGAAAGCAGCAAAAAAAAGCCCCGACAAGUGGUUCAAUUUUUUUUAAAUGUUCUGCCUGCGCUGCACAGAACAUAUUGCGACUGAGCUUCACACACACCAGCCUGGACGACUCACACAGCCGGGGUAGGAGUCAGUACGGGCGACCUAAAGACUAAUUCAGGAAGCCAUAUCUUAAAAUAUCAUGCCACCCGUGUAUCACUGGGAAUAUAUGCUUUUGUACACUUUUAAUAUUACACGACUCACUGUCCAGAAACAGGGAGUAAUCCUCACUGAUAUACAGUACCGACUUGCACUGUCGAGUAUCGAGGUAUACUUUCCAGAAGCUUCCGCAUGCAUGAUUAACCAGUAAGGCUCAAGCUCAGA